GUCCUAUAGGCUGCGCUCCUGUGGCACCGCGUGUGAAAAAGUCUAGUGAGGGACCGGGACGCACGAUGGCACACAGCUGAGCUCAGACUGACGCCUUCACAUCACUGGACAUUUUAGGGGGAAACUUGGGAGUGCCAAAUGAGAAUUUCACCUUACUUGAAAAUUAGCCUCCGCAAGUGCGCAUCUUCCAUCUUGCACCCAUGAACUUUUUGGUCCCAUCUGCCCUGUUUUAUCCUCCUCGCGGACAAUGAAGACGACUCGCAAAUGCAGGACACUGCUCUCUGUCGGCCUGAAUUUUUUCGCCCUCUUUUUUUCAAUAACCGCGUUUAUCACAACUUACUGGUGUGUGGGCACCCAGAGAGUCCCCAAGCCAAAGUGCAGCAAGCUGCGGACGCACCAGUGCAUAGACUACGGGGUGAACGAGACCGACCCAAACAAAGUGGUGUACAGCUGGGAGACCGGGGACGACAGGUUUCUGUUCCGCCAGUUCCACACCGGCAUCUGGUUCUCCUGUGAGGAAAAUAUCCACGAUGAAAGUGAGAGAUGCCGAAGCUUCAUCGAUUUGGCCCCUGCAUCUGAAAAAGGGAUCCUGUGGCUGUCGCUGAUUUCUGAGAUGCUGUACAUUGUUCUGCUGGUGGUGGGCUUCAGCCUCAUGUGUUUAGAGCUGGUCCAUUCCAGCAAUGUAAUCGACGGACUCAAGCUCAAUGCCUUUGCCGCCGUCUUCACCGUGCUCUCAGGUCUACUGGGCAUGGUGGCUCAUGUGAUGUACACACAGGUCUUUCAGGUCACCGUCAGUCUCGGUCCGGCUGACUGGAGGCCCUACAACUGGGACUACGGCUGGUCCUUCUGCAUGGCCUGGGCGUCCUUCACCUGCUGUAUGGGCGCAUCGGUUACCACCCUCAACUCCUACACGAAGACCGUCAUUGAGUUCAGGCACAAACGCAAGACCUUUGAGCAAAACAUCCGGGAGGAGCAGGCACGCGAGGCUUUUGGAUAUUUCCGGGAACGGUCUGUGCAGUCUAUCUCCAAGUCUGUGGAAGUUUACGGGGGCCAGACGCCCAAAAGCGGCAGGCGUACACCUAUACCUGCUGCCUCCAUGGACGUGAAUGACAUCCCAGCAUCCUUAGGGGAAGAGCAGUGCUGAGCGGGACAGAGCAGGGGAUGGUGAGAACUUGAUGGAUGAAGCCCAUCUCUGAUCUGCGUUGAGUUUGGGAUGAAUAUCUCAACGGAUUUCAGGCCACAUCAGCAGCUCCGUCUGAUACAUUUCAACACUGCCUUAACUGAAGCAGGAAAUCCACUUGCUAUGGGUGUGUUGUUGGUAGUCAUGAAGCUUUGAGUCCCAUCAGGUUACAGCUGGGAAGCCCAACCCACUGAGAGGUAGAGCAGUGGACAGAUACAAAGAAUGAAAAGCUAUUCUUUCUGUAAGUUACUGCAGUGUAAAGGUUGAAAAUGUUGUAAGUGAACUCCUAAAAACAUACAAUGAACGUCUUUUUUGCAUGCUAAUAGCCUUAUUAAACAUGAAAUAUAUGUAUUUAAUGCAAUGUAAAUCAUUGUCUAUUUACAGUGACGGAGUUAGAGCUGGUAUUCAUGAAUUACAGAAUAAACCGCAAGUAUGUGUUGUGAAUUCUGUGCCUAGGCUACAUGUAUCAACUUAUAUUGAACAAUUUAUUGUUGGAAAAAAAGCUGUGGCGUGUGGGUGUGCAGUGCUUUUAUACACACAAUCCCUAAAUGGGCAUUUGCAACUCAAACACAGGUCCAUUGUGGGCCAGUAUAAAGGUACUCCUCAAUGAAAAUUGCAAUACAAGGCUUUUGCUAUGAAACCUCAUAUAAACACAAACAG